AUGAGCAUAGAAAUAAAAAGCCAACUUGAGAGUAAAGGCUGGUACCUAAGUGACGAGGGCCUUGCAUAUAUACAAGAGAAUUUUGAAAGUGAACAACCAAGUACUGAAGAAAUUGUCAAAGAAGCCUUAAACACAGAUCUUAGACAAGUGAGCCGUGGAAUUUUACCUCGUGAUGUUUCAGAAAAAAAAGAAAUAUCUGGGCCAUUAGUUUUACAAUUACUAUCAAUAAUCAAUCUCUCUACUCCCUUGCAAAACCAACAAGCCACUCCAAGGCUAUUCCAAUUAACUUUCACUGAUGGUGCAAAAAAAGUCAAAGGAAUAGAAAUAUUUGGCCAUGUAGAAAAUGUGAGUCUGAAUACGCCACCGGGUACCAAGUUUUUAGUAAUAAAAGACAUUAGUAUUCAUGAUAAUUUAUUAUUUCUUGGACCUGGAAUGCUAGAAUUUUUGGGCGGCGAAGUGGAAGAGAUGAUUAAAGAAUGGAAAGUUGGAAGACAAGGUGAAGGAGCUGUAAAAGAUGAUGAAGGUCCACCUCCGUUUAUACCUUUCAAAAUCAAAAAUUCUGAUUAUCAAACGUCUCAACACAGUAAUAAUGAUCAAUUUAAUGAAUCGGUUAAGUUUAAUAAUAAGGAUAAUAAUAAUCAAUUAAAUAAUAAACGAGGUCAAAAUCAAAACAAACAUCAAAAUUCUCGACAACGAAACCAAAAUAAUAAUAGUAAUAGGGGGAAUCAAAAUAAUAAUAGUAAUAGGGGGAAUCAAAAUAAUAAUAGUAAUAGAGGGAAUCGAUAUAAUAGUAGUAAUAGAGGGAAUCAAUAUAAUAGUAGUAAUAGAGGGAAUCAAUAUAAUAGUAGUAAUAGAGGGAAUCAAUAUAAUAAUAGUAAUAGAGGGCGUGGACGUAAUCGAGAAAGAGGUGAAGAACAUUUUGACAAUUCUCACCAAGAAACUUUCGCAAGCCAUGGACAUCAUCAAGUAAGAGGUAGGAACCAAUCAUAUAACGAUGAUUUAUCUACAAAUAGUGGCCAAUACCGAGGCAGAGGAGAUCAACAUCAUGGCAAUUCUCCUCAACAGAAUAUGGUUGCAAAUCGUGGACAUUAUCGUGGACAUUACCGUGGACACGGCAACGAGAUGUAUGGCUGGGGUAGAGACGAACAUUGA